GGAAUAAAACCACCCCCAACCCCAUCGCCACCUAACAUAAAGGUUACUGCUUCUAACUUAACACGCACACACACCCAGAAAAGUUGGCUUCAUCAGUGGGCAAAAGCUUUCACAUUUAGCGGUCACCACCAUGGCUUCACUCUACGCCCUCCCCAUCCUCAUCCUAUUCCUCUUCGUUAACCUAACUUUCACUCACGUCUCGGCUCACAUCGUCUUCGAAGAAGGUUACACAGUGACCACAGUCCUCGACGGAAACAAACAAAACGUAAAUCCUCACUCCAUCCUCCCUCUACCUGGGUCGUCCGAUCUCAUCAUCCUCGACUCAUCCAACAGUUCCCUUUACACCGGUUCGUUUAACACUUCCCAAGAUAUUGUGAUCAAAGGGUAUGCGGGCACUGGGUUUGAAGGGUAUUUGGAUGGUGAUUUGGGUUCUGCAACGUUUAACAAGCCGAAGAGUUUUGCGGUAGAUUCCAAAGGGAAUGUGUAUGUUGCUGAUAUGAAAAAUAAUCAUGCCAUAAGAAAGAUUAGCAAGUCAGGUGUGACCACGAUUGCUGGUGGUUAUUCAUCAAAGCCCGGCCGUGCAGAUGGACCAGCACAAAAUGCUUCAUUCUCUGAUGAUAUUGAGUUGGCUUUUAUACCUGAAAGUUGUGCUCUGAUGAUAGCUGAUCAUGGUAAUAAAUUGGUCCGUCGGAUUGAUUUGAAGCCAGAGGAUUGUGCAAGUGGUUCUCAAUCGGGUCUGGGGAUGGCCUAUGCUUGGGCUCUGGGUCUGGUAGGUUCUUGUUUAGUCAGCUUUUUUGUUGGAUUUGUGAUCCGUCCUUACAUACCCCUAAAUGGAGGCUUCAGCCCUCUUCGUUACAGCGAGACAUGGAAGCAUUUCCUAAUCAGUCUGGGGAGUCAAGUACCGAUGUUUUACUUCGACGUCAGAAGCGCAGUUGCUAGCCCAACACUCUUUGCAUUUUUAAGGAGGCUCAUUAUGUUGGGCAUAUCUACUCUAUCCCUCAUGUUUAGGCAUAACGUAGUAGAAUCUCAGACUUUGCAAGAUAAAUAUGUAUCUUUAUUAGACUCUGAUCGCUUUGAUAGCUGUGAGUUAACAAGAUCUCAGGUAGUGGCUGAACAAUUAAAGGGUUUGAUAACUUCAGAUGGAGGCCUGGAUUUAUUGGACCCUAGGGACAAAAACUUAAAGAGAGCAGAUGAGAACAAAGAGAUGAGUGAUGGUUUAUCCAAGGGACAAGGAAAGAUUGAUGAUAUGAUACAGAGCAACAUUUUGGGUUUUGUAGAGCAGGCUCAAAUAGCUUCACUGGUGGAGUCUCGGGAGAGCGGCUCAGGCUUGGUUAAGAGGAGAUGAGAUUAAUGUAAAAUGCCUUCAACUAAACUCAUCUUUUUCUACUUCUGCAACUGGUUGUAAAUGUUUGAACAUUGUUAUCUCCUCAAACCACAUGUUAUGGAUUGUUUAGUAUGUUAUUACUCUCGUUUUUCAUCUGGAUUGUUUACAUUGCUGUGUGUAUAACUAUAAAUGUUUCUUGGAUUGUUGAUCUUACUGGUGGUCUGAGGCAGGAAACUAACUUUGUAUACAAGCACAGAAUGCAUAUUGUU